AUGGUCAGCCUGCCUCUAACACCUCACCGUGUCCGCUUCACCAAGGUCGAGCACACCUUCACCACCGACGAAGCUCUGACCAACCUUGGGUCGCUCAAAUUCUCCCAAUCCAACCGCAUGCCCGACCCGAAAGACCCCUCCAGAAUCGUCACCACAACAACCACGACAACCUUUUCCAUGGCCAAGGAGAUGGCUCGCACCGUCUGCAACAGAUUUUCAGAAGCAAGGUUUGUCGAAUCAUUGGACGGCAAGACCGACUUUAGCUCGAGGAGUUCUGUGUGGCAAUUGACCCCCAAGGGUAUGCGUGUUCUCACUCGCUUCUGCCAGCGCAACGGCAUCCAUCAACGCCAUGUCAACGAGCUCUUGGACUCGCCCCGCAACACCAUGCAACUCGUCAUCCUCGAACGUGUCCCCGAGAACGAUAACAUCAACAUUGAUCGCGGCACUAUUGAGGUUGUUUUCAGACGAUUCUGUGGCGAGGAAGGUCCCAACCUCAAGAGCACUGCCACGGCCGACUCCGAAUCGUUACACGAUUACGCAACCGGUCUGGUCGGCGUGCACAUGAUGAGAUCCCGCAAGCAGUUUGAAAAGGACACNCCCUACAUGUUCACUGGCAAGUCGGCUCUUGAUUGGCUCAUGGAUUGCUGCAUGGUUGUCAACAGAAAGGAAGCUUGCGACAUAGCCCAGCAAUUCAUGGUGCACCAACUGAUUGUCAAUUUGACCGAAGAGCGCAACACGCCCGCUGCCUCCCGCUUCCAGCCCCUCAAGACAGCGCAUUACGGCGUUACCGACAAGGGAAUGAGAAUUGCUGGCUGGGUCAGAAGCCCCAACGGAUCUAUCAAUGGUGAAGCUGUGAUUGUCAAGCUGCCUGCUGGAGUUGCUCGUGACUCCAACACCACCAGAAUGUCGCAAAUCAUUCACGAUCCCGCACAGCGCCUGGUCUUCCGCGAGUUUCUGCAGGAAACCCACUGCGAGGAGAACCUAACAUUCUAUCUCGAAGUCAGAAGCUUUUUGCUGGAUUACAACUCUGCCAAGCGCUCAGUGCCUGCCCCUCGUCUGGAUCUCAUUCGCGAAACCCUGGCUUCGGCUUACAGUAAGCUCAUCUCACUGGUAUCUUGUUUUCAGACAAAACUAACCUCUUGUUCAGGCUUGUACAAUGCUUUCCUUGCUCCCGGUUCGCCGUGUGAGCUCAACAUUGACCACAACUUGCGUAAUGCUCUUGCUAGCCGCAUGACCCGUGCUGUAGGAGAGGAUACCGAGAUGAUCGCCAGCUUGGACGAGGUUGCCACUCUGUUCGAUCAGGCUCAGACCAGCGUCUUCAAGCUCAUGGCCAGUGUAAGUUGUACUGUACUUGGUCUUGAAAGUAUUCGAUGCUAA